AUGAUCGUGCCGUUUUUGCUAUUCUCCGCAUUAUUAUUCUUCUCAGUUAUCUUUGAUAUUCUCCUAUUAAUCAUUGUAAUCCUCUAUGGUGAUAAAAAAAGAAUUCCAGUCGUCUACAUUUACAACCUUCUUAUAUGCAAUGCCAUUGAUAAUAUCAUCCUAUUCAUCGGCUAUUAUAUGCCAAUGAUCUGGGAAGACGAUUUCUAUCUUGAAUUCCGACGAGUCACCGGCCCAGUUCUCACAAUCUUUUGCACAUUUUUCUACGAACAUUCACUUUAUUUAAAUCCAUUGAUGAUAGUUCAAAGAAUCUACGGAGUUUACGAUCCAACCUCAAAUCUAUUCAGCGAUAAAAAACUAUGGAUAUAUUCCGCAAUUCUGGCAAUUGUUUCACUUAUCUCACUUCUUAUACCAUUCUUCUCCGAAUGCCAAAUCAAUAUGAAUCAAAGAUUGCUCACAUUUGAGUCAGCGUGUGCUCCAAAUCGGCAUACGAUAACAACACUCCAAAACCGCUAUCUAUUUUUGAUCCCAGUGUUUUCAAUGCUUCUGAAUAUUGCUCUUAUCCUAUUCCUUUCGAUCAAACACGGUGAGCUUCUGCACAAUCUCGACAAUACUCAUACUAGUGAGUAA